AUGCAGGACAAGUGCGAAUCAACUACGUUGCCGACAACACUGGGUGCUUUUGACCUUUGCACGAGAGGCUGGGCAUAUCAGCAGCAAGUGUCCGAGAUCUUGCUCGACAGCUCAUACACCGAAGCCAAAAGCCAAGUCCAUGAAUAUCGGUCCAACUAUCGAUUCCUACACGGUAAACGUUGAAUGCCUUGGCGGACUUCAUGUCUUGGAAGCACUAUCGGUCUAGGCCGCACUGGGCCGUUACCAUGCACCCAUGAUCAUGUUCACAGGCUUCACAGCUCCUGUGUAUGCUUGCUUUACCGCCGGGUGAGGAAGUAUAUCUAUCCGAGGGGCCAGUAGCACAGUUUCCAUUAUGAAUUUAGGUCUUCCUUCAAGUAGUUGACAGACGUCUUUCAGGCCUUCGUCCCUGGUCCCUAGUUCCUGGCUCUGGCCGGGAGUCUUCUGUUCGCUAACAAGAUGCCUCAAUCAGCAGCGAUGCUCAAGCUAUUUGCUGCAUGGCAGAUAAAGAAUCAGAAGUAAGAACAAUCCCGACUUUGCUGCCCUGACUGAGACUAACAUGGACUUCGUUCUAGUACUGCCAAAUAUUUCGCAGCUGCAAUUGCUUGCCUGAUAGCCCACUUCGUUAUCGUCCACUGGGUACGAAUUGCAUUCAACAGGAUAUGCUCCCGACCGAGCGCUUUCAGGAAAGCGGUCAUCUCAAUUACUCGUCCCAUUCAACGAGCUUUCAGUAUCAAGACGAUCGCAGGCUUCUCCUUCCGCCCUGGAACAACGAUUCUCGUUCUUGUCUAUCUAGGGAUCAAUGCUGGCUUGACAUUCUACGAUCGACCUGACAAGGCUCCGAUGCUGACAAUCUUGGCGAAGAGACUGGGCUGGUGAGUAUGUCAUGCAUUGAAAUUCAAAUACUAUUCUAAACUUGGCUAGGAUGGCACUGUGCAACUUGUGUCUGGUUGUCUUCCUUGGCUUGAAGAACACACCCUUAUCACCACUUGCUGGACACAGUUUCGAUUCGAUCAACGUGCUCCAUCGAUGUGUUGGCUAUACCACAGUUCUGUACCUGGUGCUCCACGCCGCGUAUGUCUUUACUCGUUGGGUUUGCCGUUCAACGCUGACUCGGUGACAGCAUCUACAUGGCAGGCUUAGCCGCUCAUGACGCUUUGACAGAGGUGAUGCUCGAAUCUGAACAGAUUGCUGGUGCCAUAGCUGGAGUAGCUAUGAUCCUCAUCUUCUUCACUGCAAUCGGCGUUGUCCGAAGACGGCAGUACGAGGUCUUCUACAUUGUGCACAUUGUAAUGGUUGCGGUCAUAUUGAUAUCAGGUAUUUGCAUCGCGGAUUCUUCUUGACGCCUGCUGACAUCUUACAGUCGGCCUCCACCGACCCGAACUCAGCCUCAAAGCGCUCAUCAUCACACUCGUUGCUGCUGGCCUAUGGUUUCUUGACAAGUCGUUCCGCAUUACCCGCUGGGCAUAUUUCUUUAUCGGAAACCACUGCGUCCUGGAGCCCUUGCCCAACCAGGCAACAAGAGUGACGUUCCACAGACACAUGAGAGGAGCACCGGGCUCAAGUGCUUUCCUCUGGAUUCCAGGUGUACGCUUAUUGGAGAAACACCCCUUCACCUUGGUCUCGACCGAGCCUGCUACCUUCAUUGUCAAAGCCAAGGACGGUUUCACUAGAGCCCUGCACGAUGCGGCAUGCAAGCGUCCUGGAGGCAGGUUUCGUGCCUCUGUGGAAGGCCCAUAUGGCCAGGCUCCUGAUCCUCACAAUUACGACAAGAUUGUUCUCUUCGCCGGUGGUAGCGGUAUCACCUAUACACUGGGCGUUGCGCUAGGGUGGGCAGGCAUACGGCGCACACCACGAGAUUUCAGCUCGCUUGAGUUUAUCUGGACUGUGAAACAUCGGGGUAAGACACAGGCUACCCACUCAUUCACCUCAGCUAAGCUGACCAAUCCAAAGCAACCCUCUCCUGGUUCGAAUCCGAACUGGCCCAACUGCGCUCCAACCCACGCAUCAACGUCAGCAUCCACAUAACAAGCGAAACGUUUACCCACGGCUAUGCCGACACCGUCUCCCCAUACGGUCCCUACCUCUCAGACUGCGAGAGCGCAAAAACCGCCAGUAAAGAAGCACAUCCAGUACUCUCAACUAGAAGCUCCAACUCAGCACUCAGCGAGGUCGAGAUCGGACGACCGAACGUCGAGGCCAUAGUGGCCAGAUCCAUAGCUGGCCUCACGACUGCCGACCGUGUCUGUGUCGCUGCCUGUGGGCCCGUCGGUUUGUUGAACAAUGUGCGGAGAACGGUAAAGGAGUGCUUGGUGAGCGAUGCGCCGAGUAUUACGACGUUCGCGGAGUCGUAUAGCUUUUAG